UCCAGCGGGGACGCGCUGUGGGUGGGAGGGUACGUGACGCUGCGCGCUCCCGCGGAGUCAGGCCGGGGCUGGCUGUGCAGAGCGGCAGAAAGUUAGCUGAGUGGGCGCUUUAGGGAUUCACUCGGGACUCCUGUCAUUACUGUAACUACAAUGAGACUGCCCGGGGGGAAGGGCCUGGGGGCAGCGCUCCUUCUCCUGCUCACUGUCUCCUGUGGGGUGCGGAGCGAUACCUCGGUUUCAGAACCAAAAGCACCAACAGCAACUGCUCCCGUGGCAUCUACCGUAGGAAGCAAUGUCACAAAACCCAAUGUAACUGAACCUGCUACCAAGGAUAACACCACCACCACCACUGUAGUGCCGACUUCGGCUGUGAGUAGCACCAACCAAUCCACAUUGGCUCCAUCAACUUCUGCCGCUACAGUGAAAACCACAGCUAACACUUCCUCUUCGGCAGCGACGACAAUUGUACCUGUGAAACCCACAGCGGCCACAACAGCCUCCGCACCCCCUGCAACUGCUGUCGUGACAAGCUCCAUUGCUUCCCCGGGGUCGGCUAAGAUUUCCGGUUUUGACCUGGGCAGUUUCAUUGGUGGGAUCGUGCUUACGCUGGGCAUCAUAGCCGUCCUCUUCUUCGGCUGCAAGUUUUACAACUCCAGGAGAGGUGUUCGAUACAGGACCAUAGAUGAACACGAAGCUAUCAUUUAAUAUGGAGGGCACCAAAGGAUCCCUAUUCUCCUCUAUCAGCUUUAUUCUGUAUAAUUGCACCGGUUUGGAACGGACAGUCGCUGGGUAGAAUUCAAGUCUGAGUAUCUCGGAAAGAUUGUUUGUUUGUAAGCCCACUGGGUACUGAUUGGGUCAGUACCAUGACGGGAGGUUACUAGGCAUACCUAUGAGCCCCUUGUAGCAUGGUGUAUUCAUAGCACACUGAGCUCAGGCUGUCACGCGGACCAGGUCUGUAUAAUAAUGAUAUGGAAAAUGCUUUUCUUCUGCUUCACAAGAGAAAAAUCAAUAUUUGCACUUUUACCCGUCGCACGAUAAGGAAAUGAAUCUUGCCUUUUGCUUUGCAUCCGGUUCUGUACGGCUGCCUUUUGCCUUAUAUUUUGUCUGCGUUUUAUAAUUAUCAGUGCGUUUGUCUGUGCGGUGCAGCCAUAGGAGGCGUUAGUAACGUAUGCAAGGGUCGGGCAUGGGCAUUGGGCAUCCCUUUUCCCAGGGAGCAGCUGGGGGCAUAGAUUGGCAUUUUGAUUAGCAGCCAUGCCUCCAGUGGGCAACGGUCAUCAAAAACGUUGUUUUGCUUAUGGAGCCUAUGCUGGCAUGUAAUUGUGUUUAUUGGCCUGCUAUUAAAUACGCUCCCCACAUAUGGCACAUAUGGCUAGUAAAAAAAUCUGCACGGCAUUUUCAUGAUUUAUGUUAUUUGGCUGAAGAUCAUAUUCCUUUUUGUGUAGCAACUAAACUGCAUUAUCCUUACAUUUGUAGCUUGUCAUUCUACACUGCUCCUCUAGGUGUCGCUGUUAGCUUUUUCUUUUUUUUUUUAUUCUCUUUACUGUGGCUGAAUCCACUACUUUAACAAGAGGUGGGUAAAUUGAAGCCCAAUAAGCUUGGAAAACACCAACAGUGCCUUAUAACAUUGACUUCAAGUGUAUCCACCAAUCAUUGAGCAGCUGGGCUGCAAUCUGCCCAAUGUGCGCAGUAAUAGGUAGAUACCAUUAAAGUCAGUGGCGUAUGGGACCGGUGCUGUUGGGCAGCCUUUAUCACAUGACCGCCACAGAGAUGUCUCCAUAGGCCCCCAGCUAAGGCCAAAUCAUUCUUCCGAUCCGAGGCGGGGAUUGAUCUGUCAGCGGAUUUCUGUACAUUUUGUAUAAACCCGGGUAAAAAGAUUCUUUUUCCCUUUUCAAUUGAGGAGAUUGAUACAGAGUUAUUGUUUUUGGAGUGGAAAAUAGUUUGUAUUUUUUAAAUCAGUGUGUAAAAUGGUUUUUAUUGUGUUUUUUUUCCUCCAUUGUACAGUAUGGGAUGGAUUGAAUUUGUAUCACAAAGGAAUGGGAAACACAGGAUUAACUGCUCAGAUAUAUAUGGCCUUAAGCAGUUUUUAUAUGUGUCUUUGGCUUUAAGGAAUGUGUGAAUACAAUGAUCCUGAAUUUCUGUUUAAUUAAAAGGAUAAUUUUCACUAUUCUA